AUGCUGAGCCAACGCACCCGGCUGGCGACGCCAGCCCCGUCGUCGGAUCAUGAUAUCCUAUCCUCGCCCAGCCAUGGCAAGACAAAGGAGGUGGAGAUGCCAUCGCACACACUCGCGACACCGCCGCCCUCGUCGCCCACACGUAUGACAUGGCCAUCCAAGGGCCCUUCCGACACAGCGCCGACACAAUCUGGCUCGCCUGUUAAGCCUGCACGCGCACCGACCAUGGCUGUAAAAGAGACCAUCCAGCCGAUGGUGAUUACUGUGCCUGAUGAGGCGACGUUCUCGCUCUCGUUGGACUACACACACACCUUCGUCAUUGGCCGAUGCAAAGAGCCUCAACGGGCCCCGACCUUGGCAUCUCAUGCUUUGUCGUUUAUUGGCUCACAGCCACUUGCAUUUGUCUGCCUGCCCCCAUCCGCCAAACAUGCCAGUCGCUUGCACGCUCUCGUGCGCUGGGUUCCUUUUUCUUCGCCCACAGGUGAUGCGACGCCGAUCGGCACCUUUGUCAUGCGCAUUCUCGGACAAAAUGGCGUGGUUGUCCAAGGCAAGCGCCAUCGUGCUGGGCAAGUCGUGCGACUCAACACAGGAGAAAAUGAAAUGGACUUUUUCGGGGCGAAACUCGCUGUGCAAGUCCCUCGCUCUACCGCCGUGGUCAUGCCACCGCCCCGCCCAGUUGCUACAGUUCUCUCGCCUGUAAAGAAAAUGGUGCAACGAGCUCCCUCACCAGCGCCUGUGGAUGUGCCAUCCAGUCCGCCACGUCUAGAUGACUUGCCGAUGUCGGCACCCAUGGUGGUGCCUGCGUCGAGCCCUGGCAUGGAGCGCAUGUCGUCGCCUACACCCUCCGCUGCUGCGCCUUUGGAAGAAGCUCCGCUCUCUCCGACACUUCCUGCAAAGAAAGAUACCACUACCGAUACCGUCCCCAAGCCGGGCGCCGAGUUCUCUGUGCCUGCUUACAUGGAUCUCGCACGUCACUUGGUGGAGCGAUUGGCGCCUACCUACGACUUGGCGGGCCUACUUGCUGGCGCCAUUGUGUUCCAUCGCACAGCGACGAUUUCCGCGUCGGAAGCUGUUCGCAGUGUGCUGGCGUCCAACCCUGGCAUGCUUCGUGGCGAGGCAGGCGCUCGCGCUGCGGCUUUUAGUCCGUCAUCACGCCGGAUUCUAAGUGACGACGUAGCGAAGCGGUCGCCUGCGCAUGGCGAGCAGAUCCGUCACUGGUACACAGGCGACGACAGUCGCUGGCCGAACAUUGCACGCCAAGCCUGGCAUGAACGCCUGGAAGAAGAGCUGCAAAGCAAGCCGAUGUUUGGCGUGAUCCAGCGACCUGGCAAAGAUACGCGAGGCAAUCCAUUGGAAUGUUGGUACUACUAUGACAAGGAGAAUGAUGAAGAUGGCGAGCGAGCCUUGAACUUAGGCGCCUUUGUGAAGCCGAUGCGCAAUGUCGUUCGCAGUCAGAAGCCCAUCUUUUGGAAGAAGAGUGAGUAUGGCCGAGCUACGAGCCGCAACGGUGGCACCUCGGACGACGAUAAGUUGCCCUAUUCGCCACGGACUCACUACAGUGAGUCGGACACGAAGAAGGCCCGCAAGGUCGACGUGCUCGAUACGACACUCGAUGAGCCGGAGAAAACAUGGGACCGCGUGGGCGAUCAAGAGUGGUCAUCGCGACCUCGCAAGAAGCGGUCUGUGCCACCAUCGUAA